AUGCGAUUAGAUUCCAGUCACGAAACCAGUGGGCUUAAUGAAAGCAAGUCCCGUACUGAAAUCAAGAAGCACUUAUCUGAAUCGAAUGUAAAUGAAACAUUUAACGAAAAAGAGAUGACACAAAUGAAUGUGAGUUCUCAAGAAAGUGACCCACUAGCCACUUCAAUGAAAAAAGAUCCAAAAUCUCCCAAGAAAGGGGAUAAGCGAACAAAUACAACACUGGACUUUGAAGUAUCAUCAAAUAAGAGUCAAUUGAACAAUCUCGAAAAAGAUGAAGAAAAUCCUUUAGAGUCUGAAAAAGAUAAUGAAACUUCAUCCGACAGUGACACAAACAAUAUAAUUAGUAAUUAUGAUUCAAUUCUUAGCACCCUGAACAAAGCUAGUAAAAUUGACACAUCACUUAACCUAGACGUGAAGAAAAAGAUGGAAAAUAAACGAGCCUCGAUAAUUGACGAGCUGAAUCUAACUCAGUCUGGUAAAAAAGAAAGUUUAUCAAACACAACACCGAAGCAAAAUCCUAAUAAAAAAGAUUUGGUUGAAGAUGAUGAUAAUUCGUCGUCUGACUCGAUCAGUCUCAAACUGCUUAUUUCUGAAGAUAGCAACACUGAUUCUAUUAAUACUAAAAAUGAAGACGAAGCGAUUCCUUUGAAAGAGAGUGAAGCUAAGAUUGAUCUCACAAAUAAUGAAGAGGAAAACAUGGAUUGUGGUUCAGAAAACCUCUUUUUCAUCGACACAAAAGGACACCUCGAAGAAGAUUCUCCAGCAGAAGAAAAGAUUUUCAAAGACAUGAAUAUUUCCAACAUUAAAACACCUAAAAGUGAAAAGAAGAAACAAAGGUUGUCUAAAUCGCAAACUGAUAUUAAUGUUACACUUAUUGAAGAAAUUGAUCAUCAAAAUACUUCAAGUGCCAAAACUCCUAAAAGUGAUAAGAAGAAACAAGCGUUUAAAGCGAUGGCAGAUAAUGAUUCACCUAUUAAGGAAAUCAUCAAAACACAGAAUUCAUCAAAUGUUAAUACUCCUAAAAGUGAGAAGAAAACGAAGCAAAAGUUAUCUGAAUCUUUAGCCGAUAUUGAGGAUGCCCCAACUGAAGAUAAAAUUCAAAUACAGAAUAUUUCAAGUAUAAAAACUCCCAAAAGUGAGAAGAAAAAGAAGCAAAAAUUAUCUGAAUCCGCUGAUCUUGAUGAUGCACCAGCAGAAGAAAGGAUUAUCAAAGACCUGAACAUUUCCAACAAAACUCCUCAAAGUGAAAAGAAACAGAAAUUGUCUAAAUCCCAGAUUGCAGAAGCACCGAUUGAAGAAAUCCCGGGCCAAAAUACUCCAAGUGACAAGAAAAAGAAAAGGCUAUCGAAAUCUCAUCUCAAUAUUGAAGCCAUGCAAGCCGAAGAUCAAAAUACCUCAAAUGUAAAAACUCCUAAAAGUGAAAAGAAGAGGCAAAAGUUAUCCCAGUCACAUACUGAUAUUGACGUUGAGCCCGAGGAUAAUAUGGACCAAAACGCUUCAAGUAUCAAGACUCCUAAAAGUGAGAAGAAAAAGAAGAAUAAAUUAUCUGAAUCAGCGGUUAAUAUUGAAGUUUCAGAACUGAAUUUGUCGCAAGCAAAAACUCCUAAAAGUGACAAGAAGAAAAAACAAGAUUUUUCUGAUUCCCGAGGGAAUAUUCAAGUUUCAGAGCUGGACUCAUCAAAUGCGAAAACUCCUAAAAGUGCAAAGAAGAAAAAGCUUAGUUUAUCCGAAUCACAAACAAAUAUUCAAGAACUGAACUCGUCCAAUGCCAAGACCCCAAAAAGUGCAGAGAAAAAGAAACAAGAUUUAUCUGAAUUGCAGAAUAAUCAAGAGCUGGGCUCUAAAGCAAAUACACCUAAAUCUGAAAAGAAGAAGAAUCGAGAUGUGUCACAGACAAAUAUUGAAGUUUCAGAAGUACCAAUAGAAGAAAUUGUUGCCGAGAUGGACUCGAAUGUAAAGACGCCUAAAAGUGACAAGAAAAAGAAAAGGAAGUCUGGCAAUAUUGAAGAUGCGAAUGUCGUUGAAGAAGUUUCAGUUGUCAAAACACCUAAAAGCGCUGAGAAACUCCCUCAAACUCAUAUGGAAGAUUUGGUAAAUAAACAAGAAAUUGAUUUAAUAAAGACUAAAGGUGAAAAGAAAAAGAAAAAACAGAUGUUACAAUCUGCAGAUAGCGUUGAAGGCCAAAGUGAAAAUUUAGUCAUAGGUAAGAAAAAGAGGAAGAGGUCAAACACUGUUCCCGUUGAAGAAAUUAUUGAUACAGCUUCACAGAGCAAUGGCAAUGAAAAGAAAAAGAGAAAAAUAAAAAAUACGGAUGAAACUGUAAAAGUAGCAGAUGUCAAGAAAAGUAAAAAACGCAAAGAAAGGGAAGACGAUGAACAUGAUCAACCAAAGGUCCAACCGAGUUCCUCAAAAAUGACAGUUCCCCGCUUGCCCAUGUCUGUCAUUACCCAGCUGGCGGAUAAUCCGAAAAUACAAGCAAGGAAGAAGCCAAAAGUAAUUUCAACCAGCGAAUUUAUAGUCGAGGACUAUCGAAGAAAAAUGCCCUCGACCUAUUUAGAAGAAAGUGUUUAUCUAAAUGAUGAUUCACCUGAAAAGAAGAAACCAAAGAAAAAAAUACCCAAAGUGCUGCCAUCAAUGCCUUCGACCUCUUCCUCCAACCACGGAUUUACGACUACAUUUAAAAUAAAUGUUAUCUCGGCUGAAACUAAAUUUGUCGCACAAGCUGACAACGCCGCCAACUUCAGGGAAGACCGUUUAUACAAUAAAAAUCGAAAGCGACGCACAUACGAACACUUAAAGAAACACACGAGUUCGAAAUUGUCAAAAUUUUAG